AUGCGCACUUUUGUCUAGCGGGAUCGCUUGCUCGGUAACCCGGGGGGAGAGAUUGGAAACCGCGGAGUUUCCUUUGGGAGGCUGCGGCCAGCCGGGGCUGACUUGCUAUGUUAGGCUCCGGAGGCCGUUAAGAGCCGAAAGAGACAUGAGGUGUCUCUGAAGCCUGGUCGCCUGGGCCAUGAAGAAGAUUUUUAGUAAGAAGGGCGAGUCGCCCUUGGGCUCCUUCGCGCGGCGGCGGAGGAGCAGCGCGGGCGGCGGGGGCGAGCCCGGGGAGGGCGCCUACGCGCAGCCCGGCUACCACGUCCGAGACCGAGAUCUCGGCAAGAUCCACAAAGCUGCCAGCGCGGGUAAUGUGGCGAAAGUGCAGCAGAUCCUUUUGCUCAGGAAGAAUGGCUUGAAUGAUAGAGACAAGAUGAACAGGACAGCUCUACAUUUGGCCUGUGCCAAUGGUCAUCCAGAAGUAGUAACUCUCCUGGUGGACAGAAAAUGCCAGCUCAAUGUCUGUGACAACGAAAACAGGACAGCUCUGAUGAAGGCUGUACAAUGCCAGGAAGAGAAAUGUGCAACUAUUCUGCUAGAACAUGGUGCUGAUCCAAAUCUUGCAGAUGUCCAUGGCAACACUGCCCUUCACUAUGCUGUCUAUAAUGAGGACAUAUCAGUAGCAACAAAGCUGCUUUUGUAUGAUGCAAAUAUUGAAGCAAAAAACAAGGAUGACCUCACACCACUUUUACUUGCAGUAAGUGGAAAAAAGCAGCAAAUGGUGGAAUUUUUAAUAAAGAAAAAAGCAAAUGUAAAUGCAGUGGAUAAGUUGGAAAGCAGUCACCAACUAAUUUCAGAAUAUAAAGAAGAAAGGAUACCUAAAAAUUCUUCUCAAAAUAGUAAUUCAGCGGAUGAAAGCUCUGAAGACUCCUUAAGCAGGCUUUCUGGCAAACCAGGUGUUGAUGAUUCAUGGCCUACCUCAGAUGAUGAAGACCUCAAUUUUGAUACCAAGAAUGUCCCAAAACCAAGCUUAGCAAAGCUAAUGACUGCUUCUCAGCAAUCCAGGAAAAAUUUAGAAGCAACAUAUGGCAUUGUGAGAACAGGAAAGAGAACUUUGUUUGAGGAUAGAGAUUCCGAUAGUCAAGAUGAAGUUGUGGUUGAAAGCCUUCCUACAACAUCGAUCGAAGUCCAGGGCUUUUCUCAUCCUACCUAUCAAUCACCUGACCUUCUUCCAAAACCUUCCCACGAGUCGUUAGCAAACCCUGGUCUUAUAAAGGAAGAACCAACAAAGCCAGCCAUUGGAAAAAAAGAAAAUGGUAUUGAUAUUAUUGAAAGUGCUCCACUAGAGCAAACAAAUAAUGAUAAUUUGACUUAUGUUGAUGAAGUACACAACAAUAAUAGAAGUGAUAUGAUGUCUGCAUUAGGAUUAGGACAAGAGGAAGAUAUAGAAUCACCUUGGGAUUCUGAGAGUAUCUCUGAGACUUUUCCACAGAAGUAUGUUGAUCCUUUAGCUGGGGCUGCAGAUCGAAAAGAAAAAAAUAUAGGAAAUGAACAAGCAGAAGAUGUGUUUUAUAUACCUUCUUGCAUGAGUGGAUCAAGAAACUUUAAGAUGGCUAAACUAGAGGAUACAAGAAAUGUAGGCAUGCCAGUAGCCCACAUGGAGUCUCCUGAGAGAUAUCUUCACUUGAAGCCUACCAUUGAAAUGAAAGAUUCUGUUCCAAAUAAAGCAGGAGGAAUGAAGGAUGUACAGACAUCCAAAGCAGCUGAACAUGACCUAGAAGUGGCAUCAGAAGAAGAGCAAGAAAGGGAAGGAAGUGAAAAUAACCAGCCACAGGAUAAAGUUAUUUUAAAAACAUGCACCCUGACAGAAAAGACAUCUGAAACACAAAACAAGCAAAUUAGUCGUCCUCUUUCAUGUCCGCAAAAAAUGUCUCAAGAACCAGAACUGAAUAAGGAGUGUGAUAGAGAGGAUGCAUCUGUAUAUUCAGGACUUCCUUGUGUGCAAAACGAUAAAGAAAUGUGGACCAAACAAGGCAAAUUAGAGUGGAAAAAUAACUUAAAACUCAUCAUAAAUGAGUUAAAGCAGAGCUGUGGUGAAACUUGUGAACAAUACAAAAUUACUGCUUCUCCUGGGGAAGAGCCACUACAUAACUCUAAAGGAGGCACAAACUUAAAGGAAAUACCUUCUUCUUUGACAAAUAAUAUACUUGAUUGUGAUGAAAAAGAUUCUCCUAUCUCUGUACUAUUCCAGGUGUUGCCUGAACAAAAAGAACUCAGUCUCGAAAAUGGCUUUUCAUCUCCUUCGUACUCUGGGUCCCCAGAAUAUGCUUGCCAGUCAUCUUCUAAACCUUAUUUAAAUGAAAAUAAAUUAGGCCAUGGAAAUGUUAACAAACCAGACACUGAACAUGUUUUUAACACAGAUAAGGAUUUUUAUAAUGCUACAGAAAAUAAAAAAGUAAGGAACCCAGAAGUAGUUACAGGUGAAAUGAAAGAAGAGUUUGAUAUGCAAAUGACAAAAAAUAUGAACCAAAAUACCACUAAUUGGAAAUUAGACAUCAGACAUGUGCCUCAGUGUAGUGAUCCAAAAAGACCUUUUGAUUUGAUCUGCUCCAAAGAAAUGAAUCAUAUGAUUCAAAUAAAAAGACAUAGUAUUUCUGCUGGUACAGACGCUUACAAGAAAACAAAACCAAUACAGAACUUGUUCCAGAAGCCAUUGUAUGAUCAUUGCAGUGCUAAUAACCAUAAAAGCAUGGAACCUGAAUUAGAAAAUGUGAGGUCUUCUCCACCACAUGGUGACAGAACAUCAAAAGUAUCUCUAAAAGAAGAAUUACAGCAAGAUAUGCAAAGGUUUAAAAAUGAGAUAGGCAUGUUAAAAGUAGAGUUCCAGGCUUUGGAGAAAGAAAAAGUCCAACUUCAAAAAGAGGUUGAAGAAGAAAGGAAAAAACACAGAAAUAAUGAAAUGGAAGUAUCAGCAAACAUACCUGAUGGUGCUACUGAUGAUGCUGAAGAUGAUGAUGAUGAUGAUGGUGGAUUAAUUCAACAAAGAAAGAGUGGAGAAACUGAUCAUCAGCAAUUUCCCAGGAAGGAAAAUAAAGAGUAUGCAAGUAGUGGUCCUGCCUUGCAAAUGAAGGAAGUAAAGAGAACUGAAAAAGAAAAACAGACCUCAAAAGAAUCUGUGAAUUCACCAGUGUUUGAGAAGGCCAAUUUACUAACGGGUGGCCUGCUACAAGUGGAUGAUGACAGCAGUUUAAGUGAAAUAGAUGAGGAUGAAGGAAGGCCUACUAAGAAAACAUCUAAUGAAAAGAACAAGGUCAAAAACCAAAUACAGUCUAUGGAUGAUGUUGAUGACUUAACUCAGUCAUCUGAAACAGCCUCAGAGGAUUGUGAGCUGCCCCACUCUAGUUAUAAGAAUUUUAUGUUGCUAAUUGAACAACUUGGAAUGGAGUGUAAAGAUUCUGUUAGCCUAUUGAAAAUCCAGGAUGCAGCUCUUUCAUGUGAAAGAUUAUUAGAACUUAAAAAAAAUCACUGUGAACUACUUACAGUAAAAAUUAAAAAAAUGGAAGAUAAGGUUAAUGUACUACAAAAGGAGCUAUCUGAAACAAAAGAAAUAAAAUCACAGUUAGAGCAUCAAAAAGUUGAAUGGGAACGAGAACUGUGCUCUUUGAGAUUUAGCUUAAACCAAGAAGAAGAGAAGAGAAGAAAUGCUGAUAUAUUGUAUGAAAAAAUUAGGGAACAGUUAAGAAGGAAAGAAGAGCAAUAUAGGAAAGAAGUUGAAGUGAAACAACAGCUUGAACUGAGUCUCCAAACACUGGAGAUGGAAUUGAGGACUGUAAAAAGUAAUUUGAAUCAGGUCGUACAAGAGCGAAAUGAUGCUCAGAGGCAACUUUCUCGAGAACAGAAUGCCAGAAUGUUACAAGAUGGAAUUCUGACCAAUCACCUUUCCAAACAAAAGGAGAUUGAAAUGGCUCAAAAGAAAAUGAAUUCUGAGAAUUCUCAUAGUCAUGAAGAAGAAAAAGACCUAUUGCAUGAAAAUAGCAUGUUGCAGGAAGAAAUUGCUAUGCUAAGACUAGAAAUAGACACAAUAAAAAAUCAAAACCAGGAAAAAGAAAAGAAAUGUUUUGAGGACCUUGAAAUUGUAAAAGAAAAGAAUGAAGACCUUCAGAAGACUAUAAAACAGAAUGAGGAAACAUUAACACAAACAAUAUCCCAGUAUAAUGGACGGCUUAGUGUUCUGACAGCUGAGAAUGCAAUGCUAAAUUCUAAACUGGAGAAUGAAAAGCAAAGCAAGGAAAGACUGGAAGCAGAAGUUGAAUCAUACUGUUCUAGAUUGGCUGCUGCUAUACGUGAUCGUGAUCAAAGUGAGACAUCAAAAAGAGACCUAGAACUUGCUUUCCAGAGAGCAAGAGAUGAGUGUUCUCGUUUACAAGACAAAAUGAAUUUUGAUGUGUCUAACCUAAAAGAUAACAAUGAGAUUCUUUCUCAACAACUAUUUAAAACUGAAAGUAAACUCAAUAGCCUAGAAAUUGAGCUCCAUCACACGAGAGAUGCCCUCAGAGAAAAGACUUUGGGUUUAGAACGGGUACAAAAGGACCUAAGCCAAACACAGUGUCAAAUGAAGGAAAUGGAACAAAAGUAUCAAAAUGAACAAGUUAAAGUGAAUAAAUACAUUGGAAAGCAGGAGUCUGUAGAGGAGAGAUUGUCUCAACUACAAAGUGAGAAUAUGUUGCUUCGACAACAACUGGAUGAUGCCCACAACAAGGCUGACAAUAAAGAGAAGACAGUGAUUAAUAUCCAAGACCAGUUUCAUGCUAUUGUGCAAAAACUUCAAGCUGAGAGCGAAAAGCAAAGUCUUCUGCUAGAAGAAAGAAAUAAGGAGUUAAUCAGUGAAUGUAAUCACUUAAAAGAAAGACAGUAUCAGUAUGAAAAUGAAAAGGCAGAAAGAGAAGUUGUUGUGAGACAACUUCAACAAGAACUAGCUGAUACCCUAAAAAAACAAUCUAUGUCAGAGGCUUCACUGGAGGUUACAUCACGUUAUCGUAUUAAUUUAGAAGAUGAGACACAGGAUUUAAAGAAGAAAUUAUGUCAAAUCAGAAAUCAAUUGCAAGAAGCACAGGAUCGACAUACAGAAGCUGUCAGAUGUGCUGAGAAGAUGCAAGAUCACAAGCAAAAGCUUGAAAAAGAUAAUGCCAAGUUAAAAGUUACAAUCAAAAAGCAAAUGGACAAAAUUGAGGAGCUUCAGAAAAACCUGUUAAAUGCAAAUUUGUCUGAAGAUGAAAAGGAACAAUUAAAGAAGCUUAUGGAAUUAAAACAGUCGCUGGAAUGUAAUUUGGAUCUAGAAAUGAAGAAAAAUGUUGAAUUAGAAAGAGAGAUAACUGGGUUUAAGAACCUCUUAAAAAUGACAAGAAAGAAGUUAAAUGAAUAUGAAAAUGGAGAAUUUAGUUUCCAUGGAGAUUUAAAAACUAGUCAAUUUGAAAUGGGUAUUCAGAUUAAUAAACUAAAACAUAAGAUUGAUGAUCUUACAGCAGAACUGGAGACUGCAGGUUCAAAAUGUCUACAUCUGGAUACAAAGAAUCAAGUUCUUCAACAGGAGUUGUUAUCCAUGAAAACAAUACAAAAGAAAUGUGAAAAACUACAGAAGAAUAAAAAGAAGUUGGAACAAGAAGUGAUCGACCUGAGAAGUCAUAUAGAAAGGAAUAUGGUAGAACUUGGUCAAGUCAAACAGUAUAAACAGGAGAUUGAAGAAAGAGCAAGACAGGAAAUAGUAGAAAAACUAAAAGAAGUCAAUUUGUUUUUACAGGCACAAGCAGCAUCUCAAGAAAACUUAGAGCAGUUAAGAGAGAAUAAUUUUGCUUCAAUGAAAAGUCAGAUGGAACUCAGAAUUAAAGAUCUGGAAUCUGAACUCUCCAAAAUAAAAACAUCUCAAGAAGACUUUAAUAAAACUGAACUGGAAAAAUAUAAGCAACUCUAUCUAGAAGAAUUAAAAGUUAGAAAAUCUUUGUCAAGUAAACUAAACAAAACUAAUGAGAGGCUAGCAGAGGUCAGCACCAAACUUCUUGUGGAAAAACAGCAGAGCAGAUCUUUGUUCACCACUCUCACUACCAGGCCAGUCAUGGAGCCACCUUGUGUUGGAAAUCUUAAUAAUAGUUUAGAUCUCAACAGAAAACUUAUUCCAAGAGAAAACUUAGUGAUCUCUACCUCAAAUCCACGGGCUUCAAAUAAUAGCAUGGAGAACUACUUGAGCAAGAUGCAGCAGGAGUUGGAAAAAAAUAUAACUAGAGAACUCAAAGAAGCUGCUGCUGAAUUGGAAUCUGGAUCAAUAGCUUCCCCUCUAGGAUCUACUGAUGAGUCAAAUCUAAAUCAAGAUCUAGUUUGGAAAGCAUCAAGAGAAUAUGUACAGGUUUUAAAGAAAAAUUAUAUGAUCUGAAAGAUAAAAUUUUAUUACUGGGCUGUUUAUGUGACAUUUUGUUUCUCAUUAAAUAUUAAUAUAUGCCAUGUAAAAAUCUUUAUUAAAGGAACAUAUUUUUGUAUCAUAUGUGUCAGAUCAAAAUUUAUAUAGUUUUUUAAACAAUGUUACUUGGCUUCUUUAACUUUUAAGUGGAUUUUGCCAAUGAAAACCAGGAAUAUUGAGUUUUACAUACUCAAACUGCCGAAAUAUCAGCUGUUUAAACAGCCAAACCACUAAGUUGUCAUUAAUACUUUAGUGCAGUUAAUUGGUGGCUUAUUUGUAUUUUGUAAUUUUUAUCACUAUAUGUAGUGGUAGAGUUGGACUUAGACAUCAUUUUGUUGUGCAGGAACUGUGGUCAUUGUUCAUGUUUGGAUGCAUUACAAUUGUUACAGUGCCAUCAGAUUUACAUAAUUUUAAUUUUAAGCACUGAUUUAUAUAGCUGUUCUUAGGGAGAAAUAAGAUUUGCCUGAUUCACCUUUUCUGUUUGUUUAUUUAUUUUUAAUUAACCUUUUGGAAAUAGCCUUCAGUUUAGAGAAAAUUUUGAAGUUUUAGUACAAAGACUUUCCCCUCCGAACCAUUGAGAGUAAAUUGCUGACAUUAUGCCAUCACCCCUGAUUAGUGGGCAUUCCUACAAGUCAGGACAUUCUACAUAACUACAGUGCAAACCUUGCAAUAAGAAAGUCAACAUUAAUACAUUCUAGUUUGUUACUUCUCUGUAAUGUCCUUUAUAGCAAAAGGAUCCCAUUCUAAUCCAUGGCUUGUAUUUAGUUGUUGUAUCUGUUAGAUUCUUUCAGUCUGGAACAGUUCCUCAGUCUUUCCUUGACCUUCAUGACCUUGAAUAUUUUGAAGAGUAAAGUCUGGUAAUACAAGAAUGUCCCUCAAUUGGGUUUCAUGGUGAUUAGAUUUAGAUUAUAUGAUUUUUUGGCAGGAGUAUCACAGAAGUGACCCAGUGAUCUUCUCAUUGCAUCUUACCUGUGACCCUACAGUUUUGAUUUGCCCUGUUAGUGGCAAUGUUAGCAUUGAUCACUAACAGUGGUAUCUGCUGAAUUUCUCCUCUGUAGUGUUAUUUUUUCACCUUGUGGUUAAUUAGUAUUUUACGGGGAGGUAAUUUGAGACUAUGUACAUAUCUCUGCUCCUCAUCGAACCCUCAAUUUAUUCAUUUACUUGUAUCAAUAUGGAUUCAUGGUUUAUUUUAUUCAGUGGGUUAUAAUUCAUUAAUAUUGUUAUUAAAAAUUUGUUUUUCUUUUAAGAAAUGUUCUAUUUUGACAACUUCAGACUUACAAAAAGAUUAUAAGAGGUAAUACAAAUAAUUUUUGGAUAUUAUUCCCCAAAUGUUAACAUUUUACUACAUUUACUUUAUCCUUUCUCCCCCUUCUCCUCCUGUCUUUCUAGAUGAAUAUGAAUAUAGGUACUUAAUACAGAUUUUUUUUUCUGAACUGUUUGUAGGUUGCAGACACGAUGCCUCUUUAUUUCUAAAUAAUGUGUAUUUCCUAAAUAAAAGGAAUUACCUUACAUAACUGUAGUAUAAUGGUCAAAAUCAGGAUAUUAACAUUGGUUCAAUGUUAAUAUCUAAUCUAUAGACCUUAUGCAGAUUUUGCCAAUUGUCUCCAAAAUAUCCUUGAUAGUCGAGGAAAAUUCAAGAUGGGGGAUUUUCACCAAGUGUGAUGUGUUGGUCCAAUUGUCCCGUUUCUAUAGUUUCCUUUUAUCUGGGAUAGUUCCUGAGUCUUUCUUUGAUUGUCAUGACAUUUAUGUUUUUGGAGAGUAUAGGUCAGCUGUUUUGUAGGCUUUCUCUCCAUUUUGGUUUGUACGGUGUUUCCUCAUGAUUGCCAGGUUGUGCCAUUCGGGCAGAGUUCUCUGCAAUGCAGCAUCUUGAGGCAUCUGCUGUCACUCGCUUCCAUUACUGGCCAAUGUUGACUUCGAUUAUUUGAUUUGUUCAAAUAAUCGAAGUCAACAUCCUGCCAUGUUUGUCCAUGGUUAAGCUACUAUAUGCUUUGUAUUUUAUAAAUAUCUUGUAUAAAGAUACUUUGAGGCUUUGUAAAUAUCUGGCUACUACUCAGAACUUCCCCCACAAGAUAAAGCAUUUCAUUGGUGA